CUCCACCCCAGCCACACACAGGCACCAGGAAUCCAUGCCUCUCUUUCCCCCAGCGUGUCAGUUUCCCCGUGAAAUAUACAAGCUCCCCUUGGAACCGGAGCAGCUCAAAUAUUAUUCUUGUAGCUCUUUCCCGCCCUUCUCCGUCCCUCCAGCUCCCAGCACGAUGCAGCCAGCAGCAGCCACACGCUGACAUGAGAUGCGAGUUCACCGGCUCUCGCUCUCUUCCUCCUCCUCCUCCUCCUCCUCCCACCGCCGACCAGCCCCGCUUUACUCCGCUAACGGGAAAAGCGCUUCAGAAACGCGCGCGCACAUUCACACGCACUUCCAGGAAACCAGAAAGACGCUGCGAUUCUUGGCGAGAGGAAACGGAUCGGUCGGCCUUUCUGCGCGCACACUCCUCCCCCCUCCUCCUCCUCCUCCGCCCCGAGCAACUUCCACCACUUUCGACUCCUCUUGAGUAGUCCUAAUCCGGGAGGUAUCCGGUGUGUGUGUGUGCGGGGGAUGCGGGGGGGAGAGAGAGAUUAAUUGGCCCAGCCUGGGAACAAGCCUCCCAUCCGGUGCGCCCCAGGCGCGCGGGGCGUUCGCAGACUCGGCGCACCGCUUUCCCCUCCCGACCACAACCCGCCCCCCUCGCCGGCGUUGCAAGUAUGGCAAAGGCAGGCGAUCGGACUGGGCUCGGUUUCGGCAGAGGAUCCCGCGAAGGGGAGAGCAUUUUUAAAUUUUGAUCCCCCUCCCCACCCCACCCGUUUCCUCCCUCCCUCUCUUUUCUUCCACUCUUGGAGAGACACACACAGGCACCUCGCUGCUUUCACGCCGCCAAAGGUAAGUGAGUUGAAAAUAACGACGACGGCGAGAGCAAUAAUAACCCCCAUCCCACUCCCUGAUUUAUAUUGUUGAUGCCAGAAGUGGGGGACAGGGCUGAGAUUGCAAAGGUGGGGAGAAGACGACGAGGAGACAGGACCAGCCCGCCCAGAGCUGGAAGCGAGGAGUAGUCAGUGCCUGGUAACUUUGGCUCCUGCGCUAUUGUGGUGGUUUUCAUGUCGGGUGCUAGUCAGCCUAGGAGAAAUAACUUUCUCCAAGUUUAAUUUUGUUUCCUCGUCAUAAAGGAUUAAUUAUUAUGACGGUUAUUAAUUAUUUAGGGAAAUAAGGGGAAUCCAGAUUAUAGGCAAAGCAGCACGGUGGUUUAGGUUGGUUGGGGGGAGGGGUAAACAAGGACUAGAAUCUGUACAAACUGGAAAUCUGAUAAAAAAAAAUAAUCAAAGAAAAUGCAAACUUCCAAAACAUUUAAUAUUUUGCUUUUGAGAGCUGACUUCUGGAGGACAUUAAUGUUCUAUCUUUGUGGCUGUUGUAAUUAAAACAAAACAAUAUGCACAGCCAGCUUGCUACAUUCAGGACUUUUCCAUUUCCACCGCACACGCCUUAAAAAAACCUAGUGGGAUUGCACAACUGGGAGUAUUGGGAGGGAAGUGGAAAAAGUGGAUUUUUAAAUUCAGCUAACCCAACAGAAAAUUUAUUUAGGAGUUGGUUUUCGAACCAUAGCAAAACCUUGCUUGGAAGCCCCAGCUUAUUUCCACAUAUUCCCCUUGUAAAGAUGAACAGUGUUUCUUUGCUAUUUUGGGGAUUUCUAUCCCUAGUAAUCAUCAACAUCAUCGUUAUUUGUUAUCACCACCAUCAAAAUAGGUAUUGAUUGCCUUUCCGUAAACCAUCCUGAAGGCAUUGUUGCUGCUUUAAAAAUGAAGGAGACAAUAACAUGUAAUUAAGAGCAGCGAGAAAAGGAGGGGCCUUUUGGGGUGAAGGCUGCAACUCAGAGGAAGAGCAUCUACUUUGCAUUGUAAAAGGUUCCCUGGUUCAGGUGCGGCUGGGCAGGUUCCGUGUCUGAAACCCUGGAAAACCACUGCUAAUGGUGCUAAGACUGAACUAGACGAACUAAUUGUCUGACUGUGUUUAAGGCUUUUUACUAUGUUCCUACAGUCCAACCCAAGAUGUGCAUAUUUAAGUCCUGUUUAUUUAAGUGGAAAACUUAUGCCCAUGCUUAAGCCUUCCCUUUUAAAUGUGAUCCCCUUUUCUAAAGCCUUCAAGUCCAAAACGAUUGCAAAAAAGUUUUGCUAACAAGAGAGAAAGAAAGAGAGAAAGAAAGGCAGUGAGGUGUGGCCAGCUUGGCAGCGUGUUCUGCCACUGCGAUGCCGCUGUUGAGGAGACUCUUCCUUACGUAUAGAGGAAAAGGUGUGUGGGACUCGGAGUAAAACUGCCUUAGAAGAUCACCGGUGUCAAGAAUGUUCCUAUGUGCCUCUUGUUUAUGGUUAACCAUCAAGGACUCGAUUUAAACCCAUGCAGAGAUUCAACAGGUAACCUCCUCCAGGGGACCAUUCUGCAGCUCCCCCCCCCCCCCGGGAGUGAAUUGUCCAACUGCACCCAAGGCAGAAGGAAAACCCAGAGCCCCGACUCACACAGAGAUAUGACAGGCAACACCCAUCUGACAUCUGACAGCAGCUCUUGUAAGACUGGAAGCUGCUAGCACAGCUGAUCCAAGCAUGGUUCCUCUCCUCCAGCAAAGACUGGAAAGCUAUAGCAGUGACUCACUGAGAGAGGCAGCCUUGUUGUGGAUGGGUACUUCAGGCUCACAGAAACAGUCAAUCAUUUACUUUCUUUUUUUAUGAGGGGAAAAAAACCCAUAGGAAACUGACCUAUGCCUGGUCAGGCUGCUGAUCCAUCCAGGAUGUAGAUCUACCUACUGCCUUUCCCAUCACCUGCUACCUGAUGUUUUUAAGUGGGGGUCCAGGAGUUGACCCUGGGACCAUCUCAAUCCAAAGCUUAUGCUUCACCCACUGAGCCAAUGUCCCCUUCCCCAGUUUCCUAAUGGCAGGGCUUGCAGUUUCUUCAUAGUGUUUGUUGCGCUUAGGUAAUUUUAGACUCUGGACACUAAUGGGCUCACAGCCUGCCCCACUUUAGGCGGUCAUGUGUUUUGCUUCCCUUUCUUCAGAAUGUGGCAAGCCUUUCACCCCCUGUUCCUGCUGCCGAGGGAGACAGCUGGACCUCUGGCACAAAGACUUGCCCCAUGGCAGCCACUGUUUGCUUGUGGCACCCAAGUUGGCAGGGACAUUGAUGGGUAACUUAACCGUUUCAAGGCCUGGACACAAAGGCAAACAUUAGCAUAACGUUUCCAUGUGCUAAUGUAUAUGUAGAGAUGGGAACAUCUCUAGGGAUUGAAUCUGAGACUCUCUGCGGGUGCUGCAACCACUAAGCUGACAGCCCUCCCCCCUUAAAAACAAAAAAACCACCCACAGAUUUCUCACUCAAAUCAUCCCAGAUAAAUUUUUCAGUUAAUUUGGAGCAGAGGUUGCCUCUACUCAGUUCCUCUUCAGAUUCAUUUAUCCCCAUUGAUUUCUCACAGGCCCUUCUCCAAAUCAAUUCUUUUUGCCCAAAUCAACUCUAGAUAAAGUAGUCUUAAAUUAAUUUAUUUCCCCAGGUGAUUAUCCUACACAGUAACCUAGAGCUCUCUCACACGCAUGCAUUCAAUUUCCCUUGAAUUCAUUACCUGGCUUCAAACACUAGGGGGCAUUAGAAAAAGGUUUGAAUCCCCGUACCUCAUGGGCCCACCUCUAUCAACUCUACAGUUUGGGAAUUACCAAAUUCCCAAUGUUUGCGUGUGGGUGUGGGGGUUUUAUUUCUGCAUCAGAACCUCAUCACAGCCCUGCCAGCCUGUACAGGGUGCUUUGGGGGGGGGGAGUGAUUUCUGCCUGAAAAAUGAUAGGUGCAGAAAGCACCGCUCAACUCAAUUUUUUUUCAGGAGAGAUUGGGGAACAGGGUACUGUACUGUACUAGAAUCCUGCUGCCACAUCCAAGCCCGUGUAUCUGAACAACAGAACUGUGCUCUAAUGUAAUAUAAAUCCCCACCCUCCCUCUCAGUAUUAUUCACAGAUGCCUCCUUUAAAAAAUAAGAAGAAAUUCCAUAUAUAGUUUAAUUUUUCUGGAGUAGCAUUCGCCACGUCGAUUCUGCUGUGGGAAUGAAGGCUUCCAAAAGCACUUUUCUGGCAGAGGUUCUUUGUAAACACUGGCAUAGCAUAGCUUCCCUCCCGCCCCCCCCAAAACAAGUUAACCACACCCAUCCCAGUUAGUCUCCUCCCCCUAACUUUUUCAGAGGGUCUUGGGAAGCAGCUACAGUGGGAUGAUAAGAUCUUCCAAGAUGGUGUCCAGCAGCAGAAUGGUCACUGCAGCCUGAUGUGUUCUUGGGGCUGUACCACUUCAGUAUCGAGGCAGGAGGAAUUGAACGAUGGAGUGUUUUCUCUUGCACUCUGCCCAUAGAAGCUAGUAUGUUGGGGGAAUGGUUCUUGAUUUCUGUAUGCAGGGAUGUUUUGGUGUGGGGAAACUUGUCAAAUGUGCAGCCUUCAGCUUCCAGUGGUACAGCCCUGAGGAGGCUUUACCAGGCGGAGCCUGGAUAUUAGCUCUAAAACGGGGGUUCAGACCUCGUCGUUGCUUUUUAUGCUCACAAGCAGAUACACAUCGGGUGAAGUUUCCCUAUCGCUACAGCUCUCUCAAGGAAAAGCAUUACCUGUUGAAUUUCUCCCCACACACAGCUGGCAGAGGUAUAUGACGCCUACCAGAGGGGAAGCAAAAAUAUGGCAACCCUGGUCUAAGCCACACUUGAGUAGGCUUUGAGUCCUUAUUAUAGGAGACUAUCAGGAGGUUCACACCUAGAGGGCACCAGCAUAUAUUGUUCUGAGAUGGGCAACAACUCUGGGGUUCUUAAUGUGUGCAGUUUGCAAAUCCGUGGGAAAUCCUAGACAGCUGGACAGUUCAAAUUACUUGAGAAUGUGCAAUGAACAUAACAGUGAUUCCUUUCCAAAGUGACAAAAAAGGGUCUUUGCUUCCUCUUUCCCACGAAGUAGGAAGUUGCAGGGUAUGGUUCCUUUUAAUGAAAUAUCAGUUACAAAGGCUUUGCAGCAGGUGUUUACUUAUAAAAAGACAAAAACAUUUUGGGAGCAAACAGGCUUAUAUUUACCAGGCCCCGCAAGUGCUAUUUUGGGUAGUAGACUCUCAAGGUGGUACUAAGUGAACCGUUACAGCCCACCCCAAGACUUCAUUGCCAGCUCUCUGUGAGAUUCCUUGUAUGGCUCCCUAUCUCCACCCCAAACUCUGGUGAGUGUUGCAUUCCAAAGGAAGGAGAGUUUUCCAUCCAUCAAGGACCAGUAUGCUGUUUUGACUACCAUAGAAGCGGGUGGCACUGUGGGUUAAACCACAGAGCCUAGGACUUGCCGAUUGGAAGGUCGGCAGUUCGAAUCCCCGCGACGGGGUGAACUCCCAUUGCUCGGUCCCAGCUCCUGCCUACCUAGCAGUUCAAAAGCACAUCGAAGUGCAAGUAGAUAAAUAGGUACUGCUCCGGCGGGAAGGUAAACGGUGUUUCCGUGCGCUGCUCUGGUUCGCCAGAAGCGGCUUAGUCCUGCUGGCCACAUGACUCGGAAGCUGUAUGCCGGCUCCCUCAGCCAGUAAAGCAAGAUGAGCGCCGCAACCCCAGAGUUAGCCACAAAUGGACCUAAUGGUCAGGGGUCCCUUUACCUUUACCUUUACGUGCCUCUUACAAAAUCGUUUUAUGACCAGUCAUAUCCAUAUCAUUAAAUCUUCAGCACAUUUAAAGCACCUGCCUUCCCCAAAGAAUCCUGGGGACUUUGGGGGAAGCCACCUGUUGAACGGCUGUAAAUGUGCUUUAAAUGUAUGCUGUUAGAUGUGAUGUCAGAAGAGGGAUUUGAACCCAACUCUUCCAGGUCUGAUUGCAUUUAAGCAGGCCUGGUUCUAGGAUAAAUAGCACCCUGGGGUGAGGGAUGCCUGCAGCACUCCCCUUUGUGGCUGGUUUUGUAGAGUUGCCAAGUUAUGCAGCUUGUGCAAAGUUGCAAAACCCGAAGGUAUAACAUGCCCUUGUUGCUCCCAGGCAUUCCCAAAAAUGCUCAUGAAAAGAUCCCGGAGCUACCUGUCAAUGAUUUUGCCCCAGCAGUGUAGCCAGAACAGUCAACAAACUCUGAACUUAGCUGGACAACAGCACACACACACACCCCUUCUUCAGCUUGGCACCCAAGGAGAGCAACACAGCUCAUCCACCUCUAUGUUUGAGCUACAGCCAUUAGUUCCAAGUAAUCACACAACCAGAUCUGCUGCGAAAUCAAACAGUCUUCUAUGCUUCUGUCCAGUUUAGUAACAGGAAAAGCUUUGGAGAUGUGUCAGCAGAACAAGGUGGGAGAGGGGUGAGGCAGUGGAAGGGAGAGUACCACCGUACACUGCAGAUAAUAUGUUCCUACAAGAGCAUCUUCUCAACGCUUCGUCCCUGCAGCCUGUUUUGGAUAUACAAUCCCCUGGGCUAUGAUACAGUGGGGGAAAUAUCAUUGCUUCUUAGAAUGAUGGCAUUGUAGAGUUGGAAGGGACCCCAAAGAUCAUCUCUGCAAUGCAGGAAUAUCUGCUAAAGCAUCCACCCAGCCUCCAUGUAAAAACCUCCAAGGAGUGUCUGCCACCUUCCAAUACAAGGGAGUCUGUUCCACUGUUGAACAAUGUUUGGUGUUAGAAAGUUCUUCCUGUAGAGUCAGGAUCUCCUUUCUCGUCACUUGAAUCCACUGGUUCCAGUCCUAAUCUCUGGAGCGGGAGUAAACAAGUUUGCUCCAUCUUCCAUGUUAACAGCCCUUUAGAUAUUUGAAGAUGAUUAUCAUAUCUCCUCUGAGUAGAACUUAGCUGGAUACAAGUCAUUGAUUGUAAUGGGUGUAUUCCCUGUAUGACUAAUUGGAUAUCACUCAGGAUCCUAAUAUGUCCUCCCUGCUUUGAUAUCUGGGCACCCAAAUUUGCCUUUGUUCUUCUGGGUAUAACUUUCAUGAAUGAUUCCCUACUAGUAGCAAAGGUUUGUGCAAGAGCUGAGUUUGCUCAAUCAUAGCCAGCAAACACUGGACAACAUAGCUAAGGCUUCCUGCAAGAAGUCGAAAGCUGUGAAGCCAAGUGCUCUGACAAGCUUGGCGCACUGGAAUGUCAACACAAUAUCCUUGGUUUGAUCUGGUCAGCCAAAGAGGUUUUUUUCUGCCCCCACCCCCCAAGGCCUUACCAAUUUUGAUGAAGUGGCAAAAAAAUAAAAAUUAGGUACAGCACUAGAGUGGGCAGAGAGAACCAGUGCCCUGGUUAGGUUGCAAACCACCUCCUGCCCAGUUGGCAGAUGGAUCUGGUGGCCACAACCUCCCAUCUCAGCUGAUCUGCAUGGAGUUGUGUGUCUGCAAGUGUGUGAGGUGGCCACACACACCACUGAUGGACAAUACCUGGAAGUUUUUGGCCAGGGGUGAAUGUGGCUCUCAAACCAAAAAAAGCUCUGCUUUGGAUAAAAUGUCAAAGCUACUUUUCAAACAAACUUUGCUAAACCUGCUUUGUUCAGUCGUGCUGCUCUGAGAUCUUUGACAGCAAAUGCACAGGAAUAAUAUGAAGCAUUUUUAGUUAGCGUGUCUCCAUUUAUGCGCAUAUUGAAAUAGACCUAUUUCCCAAGUUUCUUGGUUCUGCUUUUAUGCCUUGUCUCGAGCAAAGAAGACGUGAGUCCAGGGGAGAGACCCGCACCUUUCAGCUGGAGUUUGAAAGCCAGCAGGUUCCUUCUGCAUAAACUGUCUCUGCCUUCCUUUUCAGAUGCUGCUCCGGUAACCGACUGAGCGUCUCUCCCGGCCAACUGGAGGCGCAAUGGUCCCCCUGUGCUGGUGCUGCCCGCCAGCACCUGCUCCAGCUGCGGCGGCCAUGACGGGCAUGGCCACAACCUCCUACCACUUCAAGAGUUUCUGUGGGGAGUUUGAGCGGGUGGAAAGCGCCCUGGAACGCCUCGAGGCCAGUGGCUUCUACUGGGGCAGCCUGUCUGGGGCUGAAGCCAAGCGCCUUUUGACCUCCCAGCCGCCAGGCGUCUUCCUCGUGCGAGAUUCCUCCGACCACCACCACCUCUUCACCCUGAGCGUCCGCACCAACACGGGCAUCACCAACCUGCGCAUCCAGCAGCAGGGCUCAGCUUUCCACCUGGAGGCCUUGCCAGGCGCUGGCCACCCCCCGGCCUUCCACUGUGUGGUCCGGCUAGUAGAGCACUAUCUGUGCCUGGGAGCAGUAGAAGGGGGGCCUUGCUACCUGGAGAGGGAGGGGCAGCCCCCAGUGCCUUUGGCCCUCGCCCAUCCUCUCUGCUGCAAAGUGCCCACCUUGCAAGAGCUGAGUCGCCGGGCAGUGCGUGCCAGUAUGAGGGGCAGAGGCGAUGCCAGGGCUCAGCUGCAGGGGCUGCCAGUACCGCAGGGACUCUUGAACUCGCUGUGCACCUGAAAGGCUCGUUUCCUUCCUAACAUUCCUUGUACAGUACAUAAGCAGGCCUGUCUGCACAGUGUAUUGCUGGGGGCGCCUGUUUAUCAUUAUCUUUGUGGAAUAAACCAACUGGUAUACUGGGGC